CCCACCUCUCUCUCUCUCUCUCUCCCCAUCAGGACAUCACCGCCAGUGGUGGCGAUGGCGGUGAUGGUGGAGGUGAUGGUGGAGGUGAUGGUUGGCUGUGCUUCUGCGUGCCCGGCUACCGAGGGGAGAGCUGUCAGCUGGAGAUUGACGAGUGCCUGAGCCGUCCAUGUCUACACGGGGGAAGCUGUCUCGACCUGGUGGACAACUACGUCUGUCUAUGUGCACACGGACAUACGGGCACCAACUGUGAGAUCUCCCUGGACGCCUGCGACCUGCGGGGUCCUUGCCAGCCCACCGCCACCACGGCGGCCAUGACACCUUCUCCACCUGCUCUUACAACAACAACAACAACGGCGACGACGACCUCCCCAUCCCCCGCCAUUCCCGCCGUCACCACAACCCCCGUAACUCCUCCUCCUCCUCCUCCUCCGAUCGGAACCGCGGGCGACAGGACCACGGAUCCCGGGGGGGCGACGGCGUCGCCGGCGCUCCCGGAAUUCCGUCCGGGAAAAUUCCCGGCGUUUGCGGGGGUUUCCACGGCCGCUCCAACUCCUCCUCCUACUCCAACUCCUCCUCCUACUCCAACUCCUCCUCCUACUCCAACUCCUCCAUCUUCCCCUCCUCCUCCUCCUCCUCCUCCUCAUUCCCCUCCUCCAACUCCUCCUCCUCCUGCGCCCUCUUCGGAAGUGCCGGGAGUUUUGGCGGGACCGUCGGACGUUCCUCCGGGAGUUACCUCGGGAACGCCAGACGCGGAGUUGGAAGUGGAGGAGGAGGAGGAGGAGGCGGUGGAUGAGGAGGAGGAGGAGGCGGUGGAUGAGGAGGCGGAGGAGGAGGAGGAGGCGGAGGAGGAGGAGGGGGGCGAUGGAAAAAUUGGGACACCUCAUCCCAAAAGAAUUCCCGAAUUCCCGAGGACACGGACGGAGGCUCCCACGGGAACGUCGGAGGAGGACGAGGACGAGGAGGAGGAGGAGGAGGAGGAGGGACAGGUCACGCGGGACCCGGGAAUCACGCCGGGCGCCGUCGCCGGCGACGUUGCCACCGGCGUCCCGGCGUCGGCGGGAACGUCGCCGAUGCCGGGAGGGCGACGGGCGGGGAGCGUCUGGGAAGGCCGGGAGUUCCCGGCGCGCACGGGCGCGGGAGGGGAGCCUCCGGGAGGGAGAAUUCCCGAAGGUUCCGAGGCGACGGAAUUGCCGAGAGCGGAGGGGGAGAGGCCGGGGAUGGGGCACCACCGGGAGGAGGAGGAGGAGGAGGAGGAGGCGGAGGAGGAUGAGGAUGAGGAGGAGAAUUUUCCGGAAGGGAUUUUGGUUUUCCCAGCCGGAACGCCGACGGUGCCAACCCUGGAGCGGGAGGAGAGAGGGCAGGAGCACUCAGCGACAGGCGAGGUGUCUCUGCUCUCCGCCUGCCUCCUCUCGGCCUGCGGCUCGGUCCUGCUGCUGCUGCUCCUCUCGUCGGCCGCCUGUCUCCUCCUGCGGCUGUGUCCCUCGCGAGACCACCCCGGCGACAACACCGGCACCACCGGCACCACCGGCACCGGCACCGGCACGGCAGCCCGGCACCACCGGCACCACCGGCACCACCGGCUCCUCCACGGCUGCCUUCGCGGCGUCGCCGGUAGGGGCGGAGCCGGUGGGAGCUACUGCCCCAGCCGCGAGGAAAAAUCCGGAGCGGCCAGGCUGGAGAUGUGGAACGUCAUGGGGGCGCCUGCCGCAGAGAGACUCAUUUAGUAGAGCUGGUGGGGGUGGUGGUGG